AUGAAUUUAGAACUUCUCGAAUCGUUCGGACAAAACUACCCGGAGGAAUUUGAUGGCUCGCUAGAUUGCAUCUCGUUGGCAGUAACAUGUGCUUUCAACAAGUACGGCACACUGUUGGCCGUGGGUUGCAACGAUGGGCGCGUUGUGAUUUGGGACUUUCUGACGCGCGGCAUCGCGAAAAUCAUAUCCGCCCACGUACACCCGGUGUGCAGUCUGUGCUGGUCGCGCAAUGGCCACAAGCUGCUCUCCGCAUCGACCGACAACAACGUCUGCAUUUGGGACGUUCUGAGCGGUGAUUGCGAGCAAAAAUACCGCUUUCCGUCGCCAAUCUUAAAGGUACAGUUCCAUCCGCGAAACGAUAACAAAUUUCUGGUCUGCCCGAUGCGGUAUGCCGCAAUUAUGGUCGAUGUCGGUGGUAAGCACGAGUGUCUACCGCUGGACAAUGAUGGUGAUUUAAAUAUCGUCGCUGCAUUUGACCGGCGCGGAGAACACAUAUACACCGGUAAUGCGAAAGGAAAAAUAUUAGUGCUCAAUGCAAACACGCUAGAAAUCGUCGCCAGUUUUAAGAUUGUGCUCGGUAGCUCCAGCGUAACAGCGGUUAAGAGCAUAGAGUUUGCGCGACGAGGAGAAGCAUUUCUAGUAAACACUUCCGACCGUGUCAUUCGAGUGUACGAUUCAAAAGAGGUAGUCACGUGUGGGAAGGAUGGCGAACCGGAACCGAUCCAGAAGCUACAAGAUUUAGUGAACAAAACAACGUGGAAAAAGUGUUGCUUUUCGGGUGACGGUGAGUACAUAUGUGCCGGUAGCGCCCGCCAGCACGCGUUGUACGUGUGGGAAAAGUCCAUCGGUAAUCUGGUGAAAAUUCUGCACGGCACCAAGGGUGAGCUGCUGCUUGACGUCGUUUGGCAUCCGGUGCGUCCGAUAAUCGCUAGCAUCAGUUCCGGACUGGUUUCGAUUUGGGCACAAAAUCAGGUAGAAAAUUGGUCGGCCUUUGCGCCCGAUUUCAAGGAACUGGAUGAGAACGUCGAGUACGAGGAACGCGAAUCGGAGUUCGACAUUACCGAUGAGGAUAAACCGGUCGACUUGGCCGCGGAAUCCAAGCAGGACGAGGAGGUUGAGGUUGACGUAGUCUCGGCCGAACCGAUCGCAGCCUUUUGCAGUUCGGACGAGGAGUACGAGGACGAACAUGCGCUUCAGUUUCUGCCAAUGGCUCCAGAGGUCGAAGACCCGGAGGAUGGUUGGGGUUCGCAGGAUAACGCCGAUUCGCUCGGUGAAAAUGAACCUUCUAUGAAGAGGCGCAAAAUGAGCCAGUACGAGAUAGCGCUGGAUAACGCCCCGAUCGAUGACGUGCAUCCGUUGCUGCAGAACAAGACGAACAAAGACAAGCAAUCGACAACGAGCAAAAAAGCAGCCGGACGGCCUCGGAAAUAAAUUCGCUUUCUUUUUGGAUACAU